UCUCCGGCAGGCGGAAGCGGAACGAUGGGCCGAACAGCAGGAGCAGUUCCGCGAGAAGGUUGCCCUAGAGCAGAAGGAAUACAACCAGCGCCGAAUGCUGCUCGUCGAGAGCGUUAAGUUAUUUCGCAGGCUCGAGAAAGCCGCUCACGACCACGGGCGACAGUUGGCCGACCGGAAAGAGUGGACCGAUUUCCUGUCCUGCCGAACAGCGCCCAACCCGACCAGUCCGCCUGAGCUGCGAGAGUGUCUGUUCCGGUGGGUCUUUCAGCAGGAAGCGCAGGAAAAGAGUUCGGUCAGCUGGACGCUGGCAGCCGAUGAACGGAGCCCACUGACGCAAGACCCGGCCCGGAAACGAAACACGAGAAAAGAUCUGAGAGAAACCUUCCGGAACAUAGGCGAAAUUUACUUGCCAACGAUCUGUGAGGCGCUGGCCGUGCUGGAAUCGAUCCAAGACAGUGGUGCGGUGCAGAAGGCGGACUACGCAGUGGCUGAAGAAGUCGCCACGGUGCGGGACGAAAUCCGGAAGUUCAUUAGCGAUUCGCUGGACAGGAUGACCUUUCGCAUCGGGAGCAACAUUACGCGGGAUAUGGAGACGCUGGAUCCCGUGAUGAGUGACUUCCAGUUUCAGGCGGACAAUGUGCUUGCGAUGUAUCUUUGGAGCUUUCGUCCGGUUCCACUCGCACCCGAUUAUAAUCUGCUUAUGAAAGUUAUCGACAUGGUCCCAUUGCGCCUUGUGCUGCAUCGUCCACCAGCGCUGGAGCUGAAGGACUGUCUGAUACGGGGCCUGUGGCAAGAGUUCGAUCACUACAGCAAUAUGGACCCGACGCACACCAUUCCACCCCUGGAUCCCACUCCGGAGCUGAUCGCUGCACAGGAAGCGGAGUGGAACGAACGGCAGGAAGUGAGACGGAAGCGUCUGACAGCGUUGCGGAAACUACGGGAAGGUUACGAAAGCGAGGAACGCCGUAAACAGGCCGAAGCGGAAGCGCUCGAAGCUCAAAAAGGUGGCCCCGGAGCAGGGAAGGACGCGAAAGCAGCUGCCCCAAAACCGGCAAAGCCAGCCAAAGGAAAAACGGGAAAAGCUCCCAAACAACCACCGGUCCCGGACGCGGUUCCAGCGGUGAUUACGGACGAGACCGAGGUUGACAUUGACGGGGAGUUCGAGCAGCAGGAAGGCGAUCGAUUUUGGGCCACGCUCGCCGUGGUGUCACCGAAAUCGCUUCCCCUCAGGCAGGGAUACAUAAACCUGCGCGAGUAUGCCAUCGUCGGUGGCGUGUUCAAGCUGGCACGCUUUGACAAGCUUCCGCAGCCGGUAGAGCUGAGGCCCGAUUUCAUCUACACCAACGUUCCGGUUGGUUUGAAGUUGACAGAAAAGGGGUUUCGUGCGUGUGCUGAGAGCGACGAGUUGAUUAAAAUUGAGCUUCAGCUCCCGGGCCACUGUCACUGGUGGGAAGAGCCGACCGUUUGCUGCUGGGAACCGUGGGAAGAGAGUGAACCGUUCACCCAACUCCAGCCGGAAGUUCAACAGUUUCACCUAAAGUAUGACGAAACCGAGGCACACAAGGCGACACUUCUGUUUGCCGCACCCGACCACCGAAGGGCGCGGACGCUCAUGAUGGAGCCGAAACUGCUUCAAGACUUUAGCCUUACGGAGGUUCCGAUGGAGCUGAGACUACACUACCUCAUCCGGGAACACCUACUGCCGCGCGUCCCGCAAGGAUAUCGAUUCCGGGCGGAGUUGAAGCGCUUGUACACGCUACUGACGGAGCGAGCCGCACGGCGGAAGGCACGUGACCGGGAGCAGAUGGCACGCGACGGGAUGAUGCAGAAGUACGACCAAUUUCUCACCAAGUGCCAUCAAGCUCACGGGGGGCCAUCGAUGUUGCUGUCGGAAAUGCGCCUCCCAAUCGAUUCCGACAUUGACAUCGGGGAAGAUAGUGAUGCGGACGGCCGACACUCGACGGUGGAGGGUGCCAGCGAGGACCAAUUGCAGGAAAUGGAUGAAAAAUUGCAACAAUUUUCAUUGGCUCCUCUGGAUGGUGCGAGAUACCUGCAUCCACCCGUCCCGCUCUGUCAACCGCUCAUUAUCGGCAGGUACGACGGGUCCGAGACGAGCAUUACCGAGCUGGAACAGGAAAUGGAGGCACUCGUGCAGAGAAUGGAAUCGCCCAACGCAAUGCUGGACAGCGAUUCCAACGAGCGAUUGUGUCGAAUGUUUUCCACCUUCCUAGCGCUGCUUGAGUAUCUGCGGGAGAAGGAACGGCCUCACUUUCCAGCGCUCCGUCCGGAUGAGGAUGAAGCGGUCGGACAUCCGUCGUCCGCUCGGCCCACCCUGGACCUCGAGAAGCAACGCAAGCGGCGUCAGUUUGAGAUUCGUACGACGAAAAAGUAUCCGCUCGGUCUGGGCACUGCACGAACGCGCACACUAUCCGGUGCGAGUGAUGCUUCCUGCCCGUUGGAGGACAAAAAGAAGCGCAAGCGAAAAAAGUCGCUCGACAGUGGCAAGGCUCAGCGGGGCGAACUCGCGUUGGCGUUGGCGGGAACAUCGGAACAAGGAAGUUCCCAGGAAUCGCACCUCUCGCUGAUCGAGCAUGAACCGGGCCGAUGGUCAACGAUGCCCAUUCACAGCCAAUCGUUCGAUCCGGACCGACGGCUGCUAACUUUCUACACCGAUCGGUUGGGUGUGUAUGGGUUGGCCGCGCGGAAGUACUGCAAUAUCCCGUUCGUGCACUGGGACAUUCGACGCCACGGGAGAGUUGCUGGCCUCACUACCGCCGUAACUCUCUCCACCAAGUUCUUGCGAAUCGUUUUCUACGUCACCUCGCAAGGCUUUCGAGUGGAGCUCCAGGAGCACGGUAAACGCGACGCGAAAAAGCUCACCGAAGAUGCGCCACCCGCCCCGGUGUUCCCGACCGACGGGACGUUUACGCUGGAGGAGCUUGAAAAGUUUCUUCACCGAAUCAACGUCCACGUGUUUCCGCAGGUGGACACCUGUUUCUACGUCGCCGGGCUGGAGCCCACGGCGAGUCCCAAGCAUCCUUCAAUGGAAACGCACAAUUUGCGGUGCCUGGGUGUGUUUUGUCUGACGCACAACUUCCAGCAGUGUCUGUGGAACCGGUACGCCAAUCGACGCACUUCACUCGUACUCAGCCGCGAGCUGAUCGAGGGACGGAACGAGCCCGAAUUCGGAACCGUCAUGAUAACGCCACUUAAGUCACAGCACGUCGAGGUGGAGGAACUGUGCUCCGAUUCGCUGGAGGAGAUCCUGCUGGCGUUUCAUCCACGCCCCGAGGAGCAAAGUUACAAUGCGGAUUGUUAUGGCUUGCUGAAGGAUGGUCUGGAAGAACCGUCGCGCAAGGUGCUGGCCAAAACGCCACCCCUGCUACAAUGGAACGUGGGCCAGCUCCUGCAGAAGCUACGUCUGCUUAGCUACUCGUGAGCAUACACUUCGGCCUCAAUUGUAGUGAUUGUAGGGCUGAGCAUGGGCACACCGCGCAAUUCGACAUCCGACCCAGUCAUCAUCAUCAUCACCAUCAUCGUUCGUCGAUUCGAAUGGCCUAUCAUUAAUGUAUUACAAAAUCACGCCAAUUGCAGUGAACAUGAUGUUCGUACACGCCAUUUCGGAAACCGUCGACCGGGCACGAGACACUGCGAGCAUUACAAUUGUGAAUCACUUUCCGGUUCCGAGCCUGGCAUUCCGUUUUUGAAACUGUGGACCAAAUGGGCUGUGGUCAGUUUUAGCGUUUUUAGCCGUGGCUUUGGCCGGCUGCCGUAUCGAAGCGGGCGUUCAUUCGAAACCACCGACCAAAGCAUUAAUCAUCGUCAUGGCGGCUGUCGGACUCGUUUUCAAUCCAAUUACCAAUUGACUUGCUGCCACCAAUACUCGCACACCUUCACUGCCUACGCCUGUGGACGAUGGAGGGCCUAAAAAAAGAAUUGCGCCAUUCCGGCCAUUCUGUUUUUCUUCUCGCUUGUUUUGUUUCUUUGUUUAUCAUCCUGGUCCGGCAGCUACCAUUAGCGUCGAAUGACAUGCACAGCAAAUAGAGCGGCAAAAAACGACGGUGU